GACCUAGCCGCAGCCGGUUUUUGUAUUGGUUUUUUUUAAAAAUUUUCUCUGACAAUUUCUCGUUUUUUUGCUUUCGAUUUUCUUGUCAUAUCUUUGCGUCAAAUCCGGAUCUAUAUCGUUAAAUAAAGGAAUUUAAACUGCGGCGUUUUAAACAAUGAAUAUUACGAUGUUAAAAUAUAUGGGCUUCUUGACCACUUGCUCCGUAUUUGCGGCUCUUACCUCGAUUGUAUGGCAGGCGUUUCUGUCGCUAAAGCAGUUAAAUAAGUUGACAACAAUAUUGACGGGUCUUUUAGCUAUUGAGAAAAGCUUAAAUAGAGAUUGGUCUGCACCGAAUUUUAGAGUAGCCAUCGGUUAUGGUGCGUGCACAGAUCUGGUUAUAAAUGCUACGGAAUUUCUAAAUUACACAGAUCAAAUACCAAAGCAAUUGAAUCAAGAAUUUACUGUAGAUGAAGUCAACGAUGAAACGGAAUUGCUCGAGACGUUCGCUUACUACUUUCAAAAGGGGGCAGCUGCAGAGAGAACAAUCCCAAACUCAACUUUAUUCCGCAAUCUUAUACGAAAAGCUAAAAGAGGUCAUCAUGGUAACAUACAAUGGCAAAUAGGCGGAAAUGCUCCUUUAAUGGGCAUACGUUUUCGGAAAGAGGGUUGGGAUGUACUGCUGGGAGCCCAUAUGUCAUACAAAUUACGCCGUUUAGUGCCUAAAGAUAUACGAAUUGCAGGUGAUGAAGUACCAGAAGACGAUAUUCAUUUAAUCUUAGAGUAUAAAGCCGGCGAAACUUGGGGACCAUUUACCGCUCCUCGAGCCAAUCGCUACAUCUUACAUAACGAUCAAACCAAUCCCUAUUUGAAAUCCUUAGAAAAUUUGGAAAAAGCGAUUAAAGAUUAUCAGCCUCAUUUAAUUGUUAUAAGCGGCCUGCAAAUGAUGGAUAGUUACAAGUUUGAAAAAGGAGUACGAGAGUCACGUUUAUUGAAAGUUAUGCAGCAGUUAACUAAUGCCUUAUCACAGACAUUAUUACAUUUUGAAAUGGCUAGUUAUGUGGAAAUCGAAUUACUACAACAACUAAAGCGAUAUGUUCUACCUUAUGUAGAUUCUUUAGGUAUGAAUGAGCAGGAGUUAGAAAACUUAGCACAAGUCCUUGAAUUUGGGAGAACUACUUUAGCCUCAGAUUGUAACCCGCGAUUAGCUCCGACUCUAGAUAAGAUGCGUAAAAUAUUGCGUAUGUUGGCCUUCGAUUACUACAAAUAUGCAACGAAAACAGAUAAAACGAAAAGACGUUUGCUGACGCGCAUACAUUUGCAUACACUAGCUUACCAAGCGUUGAUGACCGUAAGCAAUAGUAAUUGGAAAAAUACACGUCUUGCAGUAGCUAAAGCAGCAUUAAUGGCUAAUCGUUACGUUUGUCAGAUGGACACGAUUAAUCCAGAGGCUUCUUCGCUAAUAUUGGAUGAUAGCUUUUCGACUUCAUUGAAUAAAACAAAAGCUCAACGUAUCAACUUUAAUCCUCAAAAUCCAGUAGCCUGCUGGAUGGAGACAUUAGAAAUUGAAGAGAUGAAAAGAUCGAUUGAAAUAAACAUUUGUGUUUCUCCGGUUUUAGUCUGCCGUGUGGCUAAGAAAACGGCAGGAGCAGGGGAUAAUAUAUCAGCUGCCGCCUUAUCACAGCAAUUUUAACAUUAGUUCUCCAAAAACAAAAAGGAAAUUUGAUAACCUGACAACAUAAAUCA